CUCAAACCAACAAACAAAAAUAAAAUAAAAGUAUUGAGUCUUUAGAAAUAACCCUAAAGCAAAUGUUCAGAGACUUUUCUUGUGUCUUCUAUUUUCUGGACUCAAGAGUAAAAAUAAGAGAGAAUGAGUUCGAAUGGCGAGAAGAGAAUGAUGAAAAGGUCAGAUUUUGCGCAGAAGUUGUUGGAUGAUCUUCGUGUGAGGAAAGAACAGCUUUCAGGCUCUCAGAACUCCCUACAAAAAGAUAAAUAUGCAUAUUCGAACAGAGGAUUUAAGGGAUCCAGAGCAAAUUCUACAACAUUUCAAGAUCUUACUAGCGGCUGCAUAGAGGCUUCAAAUCAGUUAGUUCCUUAUGGAAAGGGCAAGAGCAUGGAGAAACUCGACUUGUCGAAAGCAUUAGCAUUUGCACUUGAAAAUGCUGGAAAAGCUACAAGAGUAGAUCCUUCAGGGAGUGCCUCAAUCAUUAGUUUCUUGCAUGAAGUAGGAAGGAGAUCUUUGGGAGAAACAAGAAGCAGUCAAGUUUUUGUGCAACAACAACAACCUUCUUCAAGCAGUCCCAUGAUUCAUGUUCAUAUCAAAGAGAUUUCAAAGGGAGCUCAAAAGCUGAAUCAGAUCAUUAACGCAUGUAGCAACGGCCUAAGCUUUCGUAAAGGAAGGUACUCUAUACAAUGCGGGGAACAACUCAUGGAAGGCGCCAUUGAGUUGGAACAGUCUCUUCGUUUGCUUGUAGACAUACAACAAGCAUCUGAGUAUACAAGCCACAAACGGAGGAAAAACAGAAUCAAGCUGCUUGAAGAAAAUGGUGAUGAUGAUGAGGAGGAGGAUGCUCAUAAUCAAAACUACCAAAAGAUCAAACAAGUCGCAAAGGCGGAUAUCGAGAUGAGACUAUUGGCACUUAACUAUCAAGAGGAUAAGAACAACAAACAUAGAAAGCAAACAAGUUAUUGCGAAGAUACCGAGCAGAGAUCAACGAAACCUCAGAAGGGAAGGAUUCCGAGUGUUGUUGCAAAGUUGAUGGGACUAGGAGAGUUUCCACAAGAUGAAAAAGAGACCAACAUAAAACAUGAUGGAGAGAAUCUCACAAGGCGUAGAGUAAUGGAAGCUAGUGAAAAUCUUGUUGAACUAAAGACACAAAGGAAGUCAACAUCAUUGGAUUUAGUAAUCCACAAGGAGACUCAAACCGCGAAUGAGAUAAACUACAAAGCCAAGUCUCAGCAAAAGGAUAGAGAGAAGGAUGAUUCAAAGAGUAGAAAAAGAAGCAAGGCUUCAUACAAGAAAGAUGGAGAAACUACUACGAAAAAUGUUAUCAAAAGGAAUCCAACUCCAACAGAAAAUAAACAUAAGGUUGUCGCGAGGAGUCAACAAAAGCCUUUACAUAAACUUAGCAAUAAGAAAGAGAAGUUGCAGCGAGAAAGACAUCGAGAAAAUGGUGUAACGACAAAUCAUUCACAAAAACCUUUGAGUUCAGAGGAUUUACAAAUGAAGGUACGACUCAUAAACAAAGCUAAAGCUGUGAAGAAAAGCUUUUCUCAUGUUGAGGUAGCACAAAAGGGAAAAGAAGGAGAGGUUCUUAAAGCCAAGAUCUGCGAAAAGAAAAACCAAGACAUCUAUAUUUCAAAUGAAGCAUUGUGCAAAGUAAUGAAGCGACCAGAGAUUAAGAAAGAAGAUGGAAAACAUGAUCUGUUACUCAAAAGUUACAAUGACAGUAAUGAGAAGAAAGCAGAAGUAGAUACAUGCAUCAAAAGUUCUCAAGUUUCAGGUGUUGAGCAUAAGAAAGAGAUCAAAGAUGACUCAAUUCUUCUUAUUGCCGCAGAGAGAGUCCCAUGUCAAGCUCCAUCAGAAAAUCAUCAUGGGCGUAUGUUCACAAAUGGGAUGGAUCAACAAGCUCCAAUACCAAAGUCUGAUGGAAAUUCAGAUAUAUUAUCCAAGACAGUAUAUAAAGAAACAAAAGGGGAGAUAGAAGCUGGUUUACCCUUGUUGGAGAAGCGACAAGAACGCCGAAAACGAGAAACAACAGAGACAUUAUCCGAAAAUGAAAUAAACCUAAAGAAGAUAUUUGUGAAAAGCCAAUUAUUUCUAGACACAGCAAAGGCACAUUUCAAACUCAACAUUCCUCAAAAUGUCUUUCAUGACACCACCAGUGGGAGCUAUUACUAUCAAGAAGACAAGAAUCUAACCCUCGAGUGUGCCUUCGAGCUAAUGAAACGAAAAAGGAGAUUUCAAGAGUUAAGUGUCCAUCCUUUCGUGAAGGUACCCAUAAGUUCCUCUAAAAUAAACUCAUUGGACCAUCUUAUUAGACAAAUAAGCAAAGAGUUAGAGAAGCUGAGAGCCUACGGUAGAGACUGCCACAUUGGAUCACAUGUUGAAGACUACGUGUUGGAAAGAGAUGUUCACUAUAAAGACCCAUACUUGAACUCAAUGUGGGACAUGGGUUGGAAUGAUUCGAUGCUCGCGUUCAUCGAGAAAGAUGAUGUUAUGAGGGAUAUAGAGAGGGAAGUCUUCAGUGGACUCUUGGAAGAGAUAACAAGAGAUCUUAUAUGCAUAUAGCCGAAACUCUUCUUUCUCUCCGAUUUAAAAGUGAGCUCUUGUUUUAGGUGAUUAGAGUGUCUUCAAACAUUAAUCCACUCCGUUAAUGUUUUGUCUGAUAAUGGUUUUGCUUUUCUUUUUAUUCUACUACUCUUUUGGAUUAACUAUCCUGAUAUAUUGCAUGGUUAAUAAGAAUGGAUGCGUAUUUGAUGAAAAAACGUCUACUCAUUCAUCAUAAACACAAAAAGCUAAGUAUCUA